UUUAAGGGGCGGGCCGGCGGACGGCUGGGGUCCUUCAGAGGAUUAGCGCAGGGUGGGCGCGCGCCUCAGGCCGCCAUUUCUUGGCGUCUCCAGAGGAGUCGCCCCCUACUCAGUCGCGCUCGGGACCUCUACCCUCGCGUCGCCGGCUCUCCGCGCCGCCUUAGCCACCGCGCCUCCGUCCCCAGCCCAGUGACAAAAAUGCUGAGCUUCUUCCGUAGAACACUUGGGCGUCGGUCAAUGCGUAAACAUGCUGAGAAGGAACGACUCCGAGAAGCUCAGCGAGCUGCCACACACAUUCCUGCUGCUGGAGACUCUAAGUCCAUCAUCACGUGUCGGGUGUCUCUUCUGGAUGGUACUGAUGUUAGUGUGGACUUGCCGAAAAAAGCCAAAGGACAAGAGCUCUUUGAUCAGAUAAUGUACCAUUUGGACCUUAUUGAAAGUGACUAUUUUGGACUGAGAUUUAUGGAUUCUGCACAAGUAGCACACUGGCUAGAUGGUACCAAGAGCAUCAAAAAGCAAGUAAAAAUUGGCUCACCCUAUUGUCUGCAUCUUCGAGUUAAAUUUUAUUCCUCAGAACCAAAUAAUCUUCGUGAAGAGCUAACACGGUAUUUAUUUGUUCUUCAGUUAAAACAAGAUAUUCUCAGUGGAAAAUUAGAGUGUCCCUUUGAUACAGCAGUUCAGUUGGCAGCUUAUAAUCUGCAAGCUGAACUUGGUGACUAUGAUCUUGCUGAGCAUAGUCCUGAACUUGUAUCUGAGUUCAGGUUCGUGCCGAUUCAGACUGAAGAGAUGGAGCUGGCUAUUUUUGAGAAAUGGAAGGAAUACAGAGGUCAAACACCAGCACAAGCUGAAACCAAUUACUUGAAUAAAGCCAAAUGGUUAGAAAUGUAUGGGGUUGAUAUGCAUGUGGUCAAGGCUAGAGAUGGGAAUGACUAUAGCUUGGGACUGACUCCAACAGGAGUCCUUGUUUUUGAAGGAGAGACCAAAAUUGGCUUAUUUUUUUGGCCCAAGAUAACCAGAUUGGAUUUUAAGAAGAAUAAAUUAACCCUGGUGGUUGUAGAAGAUGAUGAUCAGGGCAAAGAGCAGGAACAUACAUUUGUCUUUCGACUGGAUCAUCCAAAAGCAUGCAAACAUUUAUGGAAAUGUGCUGUGGAACAUCAUGCAUUCUUUCGUCUCCGAGGCCCGGUCCAAAAGAGUUCUCAUCGAUCGGGAUUUAUUCGACUAGGAUCACGAUUUAGAUACAGUGGAAAAACUGAAUAUCAGACCACAAAAACCAAUAAACCCAGAAGAUCAACAUCCUUUGAAAGAAGACCCAGCAAACGAUACUCUAGAAGAACUCUACAAAUGAAAGCAAAACCUGAAGAACUCAGUGUUCACAAUAAUGUUUCAACUCAGAGUAACGGCUCCCAACAGGCUUGGGGUGUGAGAUCUACUCUGCCUGGGAUUCCUUCUGUUCCCUCUGGUCCUAUGCUGGCAGAGAUAGAGAAUCUUCCAAGGAAUCCUGGAUUAGACCAGCAUGACAGGAAAUGCUUGCCUCUGAAUAUUGAUUUGCUAGAUGGUCCAGACUUAUUGGAAACAACCAUUGAUGAUGUAAUUGGGGCACCUGACACUCUGGAAAUACCCCAAGCACCAGAUGAAGUUAACAUAGUCACCAGGCAAACUGGAUUGGAAGGAACUAAAGAGGAAUGUGGGACAUUAAAAGAUGCCUCACAGAAGCUCAAACACCUUGAGAUGGAAAGCAGUCCAUUGCCGUCUUCACAUCCCAACGUCGAUGUCAACAUCAACAGCCAGGAGGAGGUGGUGAAGUUGACUGAAAAAUGUCUUAAUAAUGCCAUUGAGAGUCCAGGAUUGAAUGCCAGGAGAGUUCCUCCUAACUUGAAGAGUAACAUUUUGAAGGCCCAGGUAGAAGCGGUGCAUAAGGUUACAAGAGAAGAUAGCUUAUUAAGUCAUAAAAAUGCCAAUGUUCAGGAUGCUGCCACAAACAGUGCUGUAUUAAAUGAGAAUAAUGUGCCCUUCCCUGAAGAUUCUCUUGCUCUGAUGCAUACCACACCUGCAGCAAAUGGUUCUGUUCUUAAGGAUGCCACAGAUGAAUUGGAUGCCUUGCUUUUAUCUCUGACUGAGAAUCUAAUGGACCACACAGUCACACCUCAGGUGUCUUCAACAUCCAUGAUCACACCACGGUGGAUUGUACCACAGAGCAGCGUCCUUUCCAAUGGACUGGUAGGAAGUGGACCAUCCUUGGCAGGGAAGGAGGGACAUGGUAACAGAGAAGUAAUCUCGCUGAUUUCUCCCCCAGCACCAUUCUUGGUGGAUGCUGUGACCAGCUCUGUUCCAACACUGGCGGAAGAAACCGUCUUGAAGCAGAAGUGUUUACUGACAACUGAGCUCUGA